CUAGAGUCAACGGUGCUCAUCAGCUACUCCUCUGCCUACCUCUGAAUCCUCUCUUGGGAUAUUUUAGUGCUAGCGAUCACGAUUCACGACAUCGACAUGCCUUGGCGAUCAAGGAAGCAACACCACCAUUUCAACAUCCUCUUGUCCUCCACUCUGCAGUCGUCGAUCUCCAUUCCUCAACUGCGUGCAGGAACCAAGCAUGGACAUGGCUUCCGUCGCCACCAACCCCUCCCUUUUCAAGGUCAUACUUGGAUCGUCGUCGCCGGCGCGCCGCGAGAUCUUGGCCGACAUGGGAUACGAGUUCACAGUCAUGAGUGCUGGCAUCGACGAGAAGGCCAUCAGGAAGGACAAGCCAGAGGAGCUGGUCAAAGCACUGGCUGAAGCCAAGGCCGAGGCCAUCAAGCUGAAGCUCCAUGGCGACUGUGCUCCAGGCAGAGACCAGACUGCCCUUCUGAUAACCUCUGACCAGGUCAUGGUGAGCAAAGGGAUGAUACGGGAAAGGCCACGGAGUGCAGAAGAAGCUAGGGAAUUUAUUAAGGGCUAUUCGGGUGAUCGAGCAUUUGCGGUGAACUUUGUUCUUGUGAGCAACCUGAGCACUGGGGCUACGAGAGGGGGAUGGGACAUACCGGAGAUCAAGUUUCAGCACAUACCGGACGAUUUCAUCGACAAAGUGGUUAAUCAAGGCGACAUGACCUGCGUCGCCGGAGGGCUUAAGCUGACACAUCCGUCAGUGCUGCCAUUCAUCAAAGAAUUGCGUUCGAGGUCUUCCAAGAGAGCUCACAGAGAAGCUUAUUCGAGAAUCACUGGAAGCAGAAGCAUAGUGGAUCGGUUUGCAACAAGGAGCUGUCGAGGUAUUAGAUGUGAGCGAGCAUCAUGUCAAAGAUAUCCUGUAGUUUUUUAGCUCGCUGUGCACACUUUUCUUCUCUCUGGGCGAAUUACUGAGAGGACGUUUUCGGAUUGGCAAUUCUGUGCUACAGCACUUGAAGGAAAAAAAAUUGAGGUACAUUUACCUCACGGUUCGCAUGCCGAUAUUCGUACGCA